AUGUUGACAAACGUCUUGGAGGCAACUCCAAACGAUGUUGAAGUUUUGAUAGAUCUUGCUCAGCUUCUGGAAGGAGUUGAUCCGCAUAAAUCGCUCACUCUCUAUGAAAAUGCUUGUGAUCUCAUAAAAACGAGCGAAGAUGGUUUACAAAUUGAUCCUCCAGCUGCUAUCUUAAACAAUAUCGGAGCCUUGCACAUGACUUUGGAAAAUUAUGAAAGGGCGAAGGAGUACUUCGAAGCAGCGGAAGCUAAGCUCCAAGAAGAUUUGGAGGGAGAUCUGUCCGAUUCGAAACUUUCUUCCUAUGUCAUCACUAUGAGAUACAACCUCGCUAGAUGUUUGGAACACUUGUGCUUGUUCGAAGACGCUGAAGUUUUAUACAAAGGCAUUUUGAGAGAACAAGAAAAUUACACGGAUUGUUAUCUUCGUUUCGGAUGUCUUGCACGCGAUCGAGGGCAGAUUUAUGAAUCAUCGGUGUGGUUCAAAGAAGCGAUGUCCGUUGGGAAGGAAGGAUCGGUUAUCAAUGUUUACUCUUUAUCCUGUCGAUUAAGCUCAAUGGCUGGUCACCUUCCAGCUUGCGUCAUUGACAAUGGGACGGGCUACACAAAAUUAGGCUAUGCUGGAAACUGCGAACCUCAGUUUAUAAUCCCUUCGGCCAUCGCUGUAAAGGACAAAAUAGCCAGUUCGAAUGCAGCCGCUCUUCGUUGGAAUACAUCUACUGGAUAA